AUUUUUGUUUUGUUGCACAUGUGGUUAUUGCUCAGUGAUGUACCAUAUGAGCACCGUGUGUGUGUGUGUGUGUGUGCGUGUGUGUGGUGCGCCCAAUCUGAGACAACACCCCCUGAACUGUCCAACGUCAUAUCAGUUUUUCACAAGGACAAAAAAAAGUUAAAACAGCACGCCCCCACUCCGGGGAGUGUGUGUGUGUGUGUUUUGACAGAGGAAGGCGACCGAGAGAGAGGGGAGAAAGGGGAGUGAGACAGAGAGAAAGAGAGAGAGAGAGAGAGUGUGUGUGUGUGUGUGUGUGUGUGUGUGUGUGACGGAGAAAAGUUGGUGAGCCACUUCGGGAAAAGUCGCUCGCGGAGCUUUAAUGUGGACGCACGCGCCGGAGUUCAAAGGAUAGAGCGCGAGAGACAGAAAUGAAGCCUGGGUCCACGUGCAGGUGGUGUGUGUUAUGGAUCACAGUGCUGAGCGCAGUGUGUGUGAGCGGCGUCGAAAAGGCCAACAAAACAGUGAUCGGGCGACGCCCCCGACAGACAGAAGUGGUGGGGCUAGAAGGUGUAUGGGGCCCAUGGAGUGAGUGGGCGGAGUGUUCUCAGAGCUGUGGAGUAGGCGUGACUGAGAGGCGCAGGCAAUGUGUGCCACCGGCCCAAACCUGGAGUCGGCCGGGUUACCUGCCGUCAGGUGCAUCAAGCCACACCCCCUUACUUCCCCCCAACGUGCCUUAUUACCCCUCCUCAUAUCCUGGCAAUGACAGAAUUUAUCAGGCCAAUCAGAGUCCUGGACUACCUCUCUAUCGAGACACACCUGAAGGGGUGGGGCAAGAACUGCCCAAUCGUGCGCCUCCUUUCUACCGAGCGAACGUCGUAACGCCCAAUCAGCAGCCGAUUUCAAUUUACCGUUCUCCAUCUUCUUCGUCCAUGCAUGCAUACGGCCAAUCAGGGAGAGGAUCCAGACGGCCAGCCAACGAGGGGGCUGGAAGAGUAGGUGCAGGCGGGAGUAGGAGGUCAAUCUCCACCAAUAGGGAUCCAGCGUCUGUGAGAAAACAAAUCCGUCCUGGUCAGUUCGGUUACGGCAGGGUUCCAUACUCACUCCCGCUUCACCGCCAAAACCGGCACACGCGAUACGCCCGUCUCCAUGGAAACGCCACCGCCGAGCCACUGCGGGUCAAAGGCACCAUGGCUAUGCAGGAAGCGGAGAGCCAACGUGAAGAGAACGAAGAACGGACAGACGCAAAGCCGAAGGAGGUACAGAGGCAGAAGCAGAGAUCCAUCACUAGACGUGCUCCUCCUCCAGCCUCUGCACCUUUCUCUUCACCUCUCCACAGGCCACACCCACUUCCAGACGCACCACUCUACGCCCCGCCACCUUAUGUUCCACCCCCUGCAGUUCCGGUACAGCAGUACAGGUGCUCUGGGAAAGGCAGAGAGAUCCGGAAGUGCACUGUAGAGGAAUGUGCCGGUUCCCAGGUGGACCCCCGAGCCGAGCAGUGCGCCGUGUUCAACAGUAAGGAGUUCAUGGGCCGCAUUUACGACUGGGAGCCUUUCACUGAAGGCUCAGUGGAUCAGCAGUGUGAGUUAACGUGUCGGCCAGUCGGCUAUCGUUUUUACGUUCGUCAUUCGGAGCGAGUGAGAGACGGAACCCCGUGUGUUAAUAAUACCCCCAAUGACGUGUGUGUGGGAGGCCGAUGUCUGAGCGAGGGGUGUGAUGGCAUGCUUGGCUCGGGCGUGGUGCGUGAUCGGUGCGGCGUAUGCGGUGGGAGUGAUGGAUCGUGUGUUCGAGUGUCAGGAAGUUUCCAGAACAGCAGUGUACCUCUGGGGUAUCACAAGAUUCUCGACAUUCCAGCCGGAGCGACAGCCAUCAACAUCACGGAACGCAGUGCCAGCCCUAACUACCUCGCGUUGCGUAGCGGUACUGGUCAGUCCAUCGUGAACGGUCGCUGGGCCGUGGAUCCUCCAGGUGAAUAUGAAGCGGGAGGAACAACAUUCGUGUACACGCGCAACCGUGGAGAAACGCUCACUGCCCCGGGACCCACACACACACUGCUGCAGCUGUAUAUUAUUUUCCACAAGGAGAAUCCAGGCGUAGAUUACGAGUAUUACAUACCUGUGAAGAAGGAGGCAGUGAGAGAGUGGGACAGAGGGAGCGCGUCUCUCCGAGAGACCAGUGCCGUAGUAGCCUUCGUAGAAGACUCUGCCCCUCCUCCCAUCCCGGCUCCUUCUUCAUCGGAGAGGUGGAUGCCGGAGAGGCCCCGCCCCCACAGCUCUGGGCCUCAUCGUAAUGUUCGGAUCCCACCGAGGACCGAUGUCCCGUUGGAUAAUCAGAUUCCGUUCGAGUGGAGGCUGGGACAGCUCAGUGAGUGCUCUGCUUCCUGUGGCAAAGGUACCCAACACCGAGAGGUGUUGUGUGUGAACAGACACACAAACGAAGAAGUCCACGAAAGGCGGUGUGACUCGGCGUCUAAGCCCAUCGCCGAGGACGAGCCAUGUAACGUCCAUCCCUGCCCGCCAUACUGGGAGGCGGGAGCGUGGUCGGAAUGCAGCGUGUCGUGUGGGUGGGGUCUGCAGCAACGCCAGCUCCAGUGCAGGCAGAAUUUCUCCAGCCGCUCCACCCGGGUCCACCCUCAUCGUUGCUCGGGUCUCACGCAGCCCAACACCACCCAGGCCUGCCACACACAUUCCUGCUCACACUGGCAGGUCUCCUCCAACUGGAGCGCCUGUUCAGUAGACUGCGGCACGGGUAAAAGGACACGGAACGUCCGCUGCGUCAGUGACCACGGCGGUGUGGUGAACGACGGGGAGUGUAACGCCAGGCUCCGCCCACAAGGAAGCGAAGAUUGUCACAUGGGUCCCUGCAUCUCCAACUGGUACUUCACUGACUGGACGAACACAUGCUCCGCCCCGUGUGGUCCGGGUGUGCAGAAACGUGACGUGGUGUGCGUGUCGAGCGGCGCUGAUGGCGAGUGUGUGAAGGACAAACCAGCUGAUAUGAAGGCGUGUAACUCGGGAUCCUGCGUGGCACACACACACUGGUUCGCUGGACCGUGGGGACAGUGCAGCGUGCCGUGUGGGAACGGAACCCAGCGCAGAGACGUGAUCUGCGUUCGGAAGCUGGGGAGCGAUUUCAGCGUGACGCCGGCUGGCGAGUGCGCGCACCUGGAAAAACCGUCCCCCAUCCAGACGUGCGAAGCGGAACCGUGUAAACCACAGUGGUUCACCACAGAGUGGAGUGCGUGCUCCAAGUCGUGCGGUGACGGAGUUCAGACUCGAGACGUCCGCUGCCUGACGCCGAAUAAACAGCCGAGCUUCGCCUGUGACUCCACCCACAAGCCACACCCCAAACAGCCCUGUAACCCCGCCCCCUGCAGCCCCUCUCUAGAUGAGAGUUGUAAGGACCGACGCUCCAACUGCCUGAUGGUGGUCCAGGCUCGGCUCUGCGUUUACUCCUACUACAAGUCGGCCUGCUGCGCCUCCUGCACUCAGAGCGCCCAGAGAGCCAAACGCCACUGACCCCGCCCAGGGUCAAAGGUCAGCGACAGGGCAGCCGACUCUCCAGCCAAUAGUGUCCCAGACCGACGUCGAGGAAGUGAAUUUAGACUUUAACAUUUCAACAGCUCUGUUUUGCUGCAUCAUGUCAAUCGUGAUUAGCCCCGCCCAUGAUCUCAUCCCCCAUGCAGCCAAUUCACCUGAGACAUGUCUGGGAUGUGAAGUUUACUUUAUUAGGUUUGUGGAUCUUUGAGGCUAAUGUAGCUAACCUAGAAUGGGCGCUUAUAGCCACCAGUUUAGCAUCGUGCUCUAGGAGUGACUACAAUGACGGAUUUUAAGAUUUAAGUACAAAUAGUUCCUUUCGCGUUGUGUAUUUUGAUGCUGUACAUGAUGCUAAACUGGUGGCCCUUCCUUGUUAGCCACUUUAGCAUCACAGCUCCAGUGCAAACAUGUCUCUGCUGAUCGAUUAUGUCUGGGGUAAAACGGAAAUUGUGUGCAUUUUUUUUCUAAUCUUUUGCUUUUUCUCAAAGUGAGAACUUUUUUUAAAAUCCAGUAUAUGUUUGUUUUGUUUUAAAAGCACUAGAAUUUUCUGCGUUUCUAUGGCAACCUGGAUGCCAAACUAAACCUACAAUGAUGAAGGUGCCUUUAAUAAAGAAAAAUUAGAUUUGUAUCCAUUUUGCUCAUAAACUAUCAGUACACCUUAUUUUGUUCACAUUCCUAUCUAUAUAUCUAUACAAGUACACUACAUAGUGGAAGACAUAAUACGCUUACACUCUGUCAAGUGCACUAGAUGUCCAAUAGCCAUGCAUGACUUGCCAUAAUUCAGUUAUUCAGUUAAAUAAUACCUCCUACACCCUAUCUAUGGCACUAUACAUACAGCUACGAGUCAGCCAUAUUUGAUUCCAGCGCGCUUGUGCAGGAAGUAUGGAGCUAAAUCCCAAAAUGUUUCAUAUUAGACGUGUAGUGCACUACAUAGGGUGCAGCAAUUUUCAUACCUCAUAAGUGCAAUUAUUUAGGGAGCAGGGAGCUUAAAUACAUUGGGGCGGAGCUACACUUUCUAUACAUUUUGCACUACAUCGGGUGCCAUUAUUUUUGUUUUAAUCCUCUAGUUCACAGGUUCCCAAACUUUUCCAGGGCAAGGCCCCCCAGAUGGCAUUAACAUUUGACCGAGGCCCCCCUUUUGCAAGAUGUCUUUAAAACACAUUAAAAAUACAGACUUCUGAAUAUAUCCCCCUUUUUUAUUAAUAAUUACAUCUUACAUCUUUACAUUAGCGAUUAUAAUAUGCAUUUAUGUUUCACACCAAAUUGUUGAGGCCCCCAGGCGGCCCCCCACUUUGAAAACCACUGCUCUAGUUGGCAUAUAGUGCACUAUGUAAGGGGUAUUAUUUCAGUCCCUGUGAAAUGCAGGAAUUUCUAUACAGUGCACUUUAUGGGAUUAAAGAAAAAAAACUAGAAAUGGCACCCCAUGUAGUGCACUAUAUAGAAUUUUAGCUCCGGCUUAACAUGGUAGUGCACUUUAUAUGAAAUAACAUAACUAUGGAUGGGAUCAUUACUCCCUGUGCACUACUUAGGAUAAAUAAUGGCACCGUAUUAAGUGCACUAGAUAUAUUAGUGCACUUUAUAAGGUAUACUAUUAUAUUAGUUCCCUUAAUAGGGUACGAAAUAAUGAUGCCCUAUAUAGUGCACUAUAUGGUCUCUACUACCUAUGUAGUGCGCUGUAUGUCUACUAGGGAGUCGUUAAUGAUUCAGAUCAUUGCUUCCUGUAUAAGUGUGCUUCAUAGGGUAUUUAAAUAACAGUGUACCCCAUGUAGUGCAGUACAUGUCUAUAAUAGGUGCAUUUGGGAUUUAAAAAAAAAAUUAUUAUUCCAGCUACCAUGGCUGAAUCCUAAAUAAACCUAAGCUCCCUGUAUUAGUGUACUCUCAAGGGUGUGAAAUAAUAUAAUAGUGCGUUCAGCCUACGGAGUCCAAUAAAGAACCGUUUGGAAUUUAACCAAUGUGAUACUGCAAACCUCAUGAACUGUGUGAUAAAAGCUUUGUCAUUCCUGUUCUCUCUCUCUCACACACACACACACACACACUGGUUCGUUCCUCCUCUUGGAUGCGAGUCAAUUUACUGUCUUUUUCAUUUUUUUUAUAGUAUGUAUGCAUGUACAUUUUUAUUUAUGUUCAAAUUCACAAAUUGUUUUGAAUGCAUCCUUAAAUAUGAAGGUGUAUGUGAGAUCGUGAUUGGUUCUUUGGUCUGUGGCCAAUAAGAAAUGAGAGGGGGUGGGAUUUAAGGCGGCUUGUUUUUUUGUUUGUUAAACUAACCACCUUGCUAAAUUCAGUAGUGCUUUAAAGUGUGUGUGAGUGUGAGCGAGAAAUGUGUUACAAAAAUGUGUUAAUGUACAUACUUGCGUGUCUGUGUAUGGUGCCAUAAUCAAAUAUUAGCAACUAGAAGCCGAAAUUAUACUUUUAUAUAAAAAAUACAGAUCGUUAUUUAUCGGUGAAAUAUUUACAUAAAUUAUAUUUAUUUCGCGAAACAAAGCAUAUGUUAUUAUCACCUGAGGUUUAAGAAGAAAAUUGUGAUUUGUAAAAUAAUCAUCUUUUGGAAAUGUGUGCUAAACGCUGUUACGGCGCUGCAGAAUAAAGAAAACCUGCAAUGA